AUGGUGUUGGUGUUAAAUGGAGUGCUGCAGGACGACUGUCCCUCCGACACGAGGUCCCUUUUUGCAGCUCAUCCGGUGUAUAGGGACACGGCCGCCCAACUUUUGGCGGUGCCGUCCAAGGUAGUGGGGCCUCAAGGGCUAUUGUACGUGCAGCAGAGGGAAGUGGCCGCCACUGCUCCGCACGAUAGAAAUGUAAAUAUUCUUGGUUCUGAUGAUGCGACGACAUGCAUCAUCGUAGUUGUACGACAUUCAGGUUCCGGUGCCGUCGCCCUCGCCCACCUGGACGGCGCGGGCACCGAGGAGGCCGCCUCCGGGAUGAUCGCCCGCGUCCAGGAACUCGCCUUGGGUUAUCCCGAGGGAAGGAUAGAGUUGCAGCUUAUUGGCGGAUUCAGCGACCAGCACGGAUAUAGCGAAGAACUAUUUUAUAAUAUUAUGCGUGAGUAG